AGCACACGCUGGUAUUUCCUCUCGGUCAGGCUGCUGGGUGGAGCACCGGGGGAACGCGAGUGCCUUGCCAAGCAGCACUGCAGCUGACUCUCGGCAGCACAUGGAAUUACCUCUGCUGCUCUCAGCAUGCCGGGGCAAGAGAGGGGCCAGGAUAUUUGAGAGGAGAAAGGCAUCACCAGUCGUUAGGUCCCGGAGGGUUGAAGGGUGCGCUGGUCGACUUUCUCAGGCUCCGAGUGUCGACUGGGAUGAAAUGUGAUAUCACACAGAAGGGCUAUGAGAAGAAGCGAUCCAAGCUGAUUGGAGCCUUUUUCCCACAAGCGCCAGGAAUGGAUCCGCCCAUGGGUCAGGAGAGGAGAACCCCGGUCACCCCGUCCUCGUCCUCCCGCUACCACCGCCGGCGGUCUUCUGGCUCCAGAGACGAACGUUACCGAUCAGAUGUGCACACAGAGGCCGUGCAGGCAGCCCUGGCCAAGCACAAAGAGAGGAAGAUGGCGGUGCCGAUGCCUUCUAAGCGGCGGUCGCUGGUGGUCCAGACCUCAAUGGAUGCCUACACACCACCAGAUACCUCCUCAGGCUCAGAGGGCGAGGGACAGGGCGAUGGCGAGGAAGAGGAGGGAGGAGACGGCGAAGAAGAGGACGGAGGAGGUGGCGGGGGAACCUCGUCGAGCCGGGAGGGGAGCAUCAGCAUGGAGCACUGGAUAAGCCGGGCCAUCCACGGCACCUCCUCCACCACCACUACCACGUCCUCCACAGCCUCCUCCUCCUCUUCCUCCACGCGCAGCGGGGGGAGCGGGGCAGCCGGCGGAAGGCUGGCUGACGUCCUGGCCCAACACAUCCACAUCUCCGCCCACCACCACCUCCGCCACCACCACCAUCACCACCACCACCAUAAGACAGAGAACCACUCUGCCCCUCCAGAUGUCACCGGCUACACCAACAACACCGCCAACACCACCGCCGACGGGAUCCAGGUGGAGAGAGCCCCAGGCGCCGGCACCGCCGCCCAGAGACAGACGCCCAAGUACGGCAACGCCGAGCUGAUGGAGACCGGAGACGGUGUUCCAGUCAGCAGCCGAGUUUCAGCCAAAAUUCAGCAACUCGUCAACACUCUGAAGAGACCCAAAAGGCCGCCGCUAAGAGAGUUUUUUGUCGACGACUUCGAGGAGCUCCUGGAAGUCCAGCAACCAGACCCCAACCAGCCCAAGGCGGAGGGGGCCCAAAUGGUGGCCAUGCGGGGCGAGCAGCUGGGCGUCGUAACCAACUGGCCCCCUUCUCUGGAGGCGGCCCUGCAGAGGUGGGGCACCAUCUCUCCAAAGGCCCCCUGCCUCACCACCAUGGACACCAAUGGCAAGCCGCUCUACGUGCUCACCUACGGAAAACUGUGGUCCAGGAGUGUGAAGGUGGCCUACAACCUGCUGCACAAACUGGGAACCAAACAGGAACCACUCGUCAGACCUGGAGACCGGGUGGCGCUGGUCUUCCCAAACAACGACCCUGCUGCCUUCAUGACGGCUUUUUACGGCUGCUUGCUGGCCGAAGUCGUUCCUGUGCCAAUAGAAGUACCACUGACCAGGAAGGAUGCUGGCAGUCAGCAGAUCGGGUUUCUGUUGGGGAGCUGUGGAGUGACGGUGGCUCUGACCAGCGAUGCCUGCCAUAAAGGGUUACCCAAGAGUCCCACUGGAGAGAUCCCACAGUUCAAAGGCUGGCCCAAGUUGCUGUGGUUCGUCACAGAGUCCAAACACCUCUCCAAACCUCCCCGAGACUGGUUCCCACACAUCAAGGAUGCCAACCAGGACACUGCCUACAUAGAGUAUAAGACCUGUAAGGACGGCAGCGUGCUCGGUGUGACGGUGAUGAGGAUAGCCAUGCUCACACACUGCCAGGCCCUCACGCAGUCCUGCUCUUACACAGAAGCUGAGACCAUAGUGAAUGUACUAGACUUCAAGAAAGAUGUAGGACUGUGGCACGCUGUCCUGACUAGUGUAAUGAAUAUGAUGCACGUCAUCAGUAUUCCCUACGCCCUCAUGAAGGUCAACCCUCUGUCCUGGAUCCAAAAAGUCUGCCAGUACAAAGCUAAGGUGGCCUGUGUGAAGUCGCGGGACAUGCACUGGGCUCUGGUGGCCCACCGGGACCAGCGAGACAUCAACCUGACCUCCCUGCGCAUGCUGGUGGUGGCUGACGGUUCAAAUCCCUGGUCGAUCUCAUCCUGUGACGCCUUCCUCAACGUUUUCCAGUCUAAAGGUUUAAAGCAGGAGGUCAUAUGUCCCUGUGCCAGCUCCCCGGAGGCUCUGACUGUUGCUAUAAGGAGUCUCCACCCCUCCUCCUGCAGGCCUGUGGAGGAGGGCAGCACCCCUCCUGGUCGCGGCGUGUUGUCCAUGCAGGGUCUGAGUCACGGCGUGAUCCGGGUCGACUCGGAGGAGAAGCUGUCGGUCCUCACGCUGCAGGACGUCGGCUCCGUCAUGCCCGGAGCUAUGAUGUGUGCGGUGAAACCAGAAGGUGUCCCUCAGCUCUGUAAGACUGAUGAGAUUGGAGAGCUGUGCGUUUGCACUGCUGCCACUGGAACCUCCUACUAUGGUCUGGCCGGCAUGACCAAGAACACCUUCGAGGUCUUCCCCACAUCCAACAACGGGGCUCCCAUCAGCGAGUUUCCCUUCACCAGGACCGGCCUGCUGGGAUUCAUCGGGCCUGCAGGUCUGAUCUUCGUGGCGGGGAAGAUGGACGGCCUGAUGGUGGUCGGGGGCCGUCGUCACAACGCCGACGACAUCGUGGCGACGGCGCUCGCUGUAGAGCCCAUGAAGUUUGUGUACAGGGGCAGGAUAGCGGUGUUCUCCAUCACCGUGCUUCAUGACGAGAGGAUCGUGGUCGUGGCAGAGCAGCGGCCCGACUCCACCGAGGAAGACAGCUUCCAGUGGAUGAGCCGAGUUCUGCAGGCGAUAGACGGUAUCCACCAGGUGGGGGUGUACUGCCUGGCUCUGGUGCCCUCCAACACUCUGCCCAAGACUCCCCUGGGUGGCAUCCACCUGUCAGAGACCAAGCAGCUGUUCCUGGAGGGGGCGCUGCACCCCUGCAACGUGCUCAUGUGUCCGCACACCUGCGUCACCAACCUGCCCAAACCCCGGCAGAAGCAGCCAGAGAUCGGCCCUGCGUCUGUGAUGGUCGGGAAUCUGGUGUCGGGGAAGAGGAUCGCUCAGGCCAGCGGCAGGGAUCUGGGUCAGAUCGAAGACAAUGACCAGGCAAGGAAGUUCCUCUUCCUGUCAGAGGUAUUACAGUGGAGAGCCCAGACCACUCCAGACCACGUCCUGUACACACUGCUCAACUCCAGGGGUACGAUAGCCAGCUCUCUGACUUGUGUUCAGCUGCAUAAGAGGGCGGAGAAAAUCGCCGGCAUGCUGGGCGAACGGGGCCACCUACAGGACGGAGACCACGUCGCGCUGGUCUACCCUCCAGGUAUCGACCUCAUCGUGGCGUUUUACGGCUGUCUUUACGCCGGCUGCGUACCGAUCACGGUGCGACCGCCUCACCCGCAGAACAUCGCCACCACGCUGCCCACCGUCAAGAUGAUCGUGGAGGUGAGCCGCUCGGUGUGCGUGAUGACCACGCAGCUCAUCUGUAAACUGCUGAGGUCGAAGGAAGCCUCGGCUGCCGUGGACGUCCGGACCUGGCCUCCCGUACUGGACACAGACGAUUUGCCAAAGAAGAAACCUCCUCUGCUGUAUAAACCGUCCAACCCCGACACCCUGGCCUACCUGGACUUCAGUGUCUCCACCACUGGCAUGCUGGCUGGAGUCAAGAUGUCACACACAGCCACCAGUGCCUUCUGCCGCUCCAUCAAGCUGCAGUGUGAGCUUUACCCGUCCAGAGAGGUCGCCAUCUGCCUGGACCCGUACUGCGGCCUGGGCUUCGUCCUCUGGUGCCUUUGCAGUGUGUACUCAGGUCACCAGUCCAUCCUGAUCCCUCCGUCCGAGCUGGAGGUGAACCCGGCUCUCUGGCUGUCGGCCGUCAGUCAGUACAAAGUCCGAGACACUUUCUGCUCCUACAGCGUCAUGGAGCUCUGCACCAAAGGCCUCGGCCUGCAGACCGACGCUCUGAAGUCUCGAGGGUUGGAUCUGUCUCGGGUGAGGACCUGUGUGGUUGUAGCAGAGGAGCGUCCCAGGACAUCCCUGACGCAGUCCUUCUCCAAGCUCUUCAAGGACCUGGGACUUCACCCUCGAGCCGUCAGCACCUCCUUCGGCUGCAGGGUCAACCUGGCAAUCUGCCUGCAGCCUCACAGGCUGGGAAAGCUUGCCGACCAGGGCACCUCAGGACCCGACCCCACGACUGUGUUCGUUGAUAUGAGAGCGCUACGGCACGACAGGGUCAGACUAGUGGAGAGGGGGUCACCACACAGCCUGCCACUGAUGGAGUCUGGGAAGAUCCUGCCGGGGGUCCGAAUCAUCAUCGCCAACCCAGAGACCAAGGGACCAAUGGGGGAGUCGCACCUGGGCGAGAUCUGGGUGCACAGCGGCCACAACGCCAGCGGUUACUUCACCGUCUACGGAGACGAGGCGUUGCAGUCGGACCACUUCAACUCCAGACUCAGUUUCGGAGACACGCAGACCGUCUGGGCCAGGACCGGAUACCUGGGCUUCCUCCGCAGGACCGAACUGACGGACGCCAGCGGAGAGCGCCAUGACGCCCUGUACGUGGUCGGCGCUCUGGAGGAAGCCAUGGAGCUGAGAGGGAUGCGUUACCACCCCAUCGACAUCGAGACCUCCGUCAUCAGGACGCACAAGAGCAUCACAGAGUGCGCGGUGUUCACGUGGACCAACCUGCUGGUGGUGGUGGUGGAGCUGGACGGCUCGGAGCAGGAGGCCCUGGACCUGGUCCCCCUGGUCACCAACGUGGUGCUGGAGGAGCACUACUUGAUCGUGGGCGUGGUGGUGGUCGUCGACAUCGGCGUCAUCCCCAUCAACUCCCGCGGCGAGAAGCAGCGCAUGCACCUGCGCGACGGCUUCCUGGCCGACCAGUUGGACCCAAUCUACGUGGCCUACAACAUGUAGCGCCCCCUAGCGGCCAACGUGGAAGGUGGAUGAAGGAUUGUUUGGGAAGAUGCAAAGACGCUCUGCUCCUGAGACUGACAAUAAAGAAAAAAACGGAGCCAGAGGCUGAGUUUGUGGCACGAGGGGAGAAGGCAGCGCUUGUUCCCAGGCUACGUAAAGCCGCCGACUAGCUCCCAGAAUCAAACUGUUAUAUUUAGGCUAUUAGCAUUCAGGCCGAGGAGUUCGUACUCAGCCUGAGAGGAAGUGCAGUCUCCCCCAUCCAGAGCAACAAACUCCCCCAUUUGUGCCGAUAGUUUACCGAAAAGUUGCAAUCGUGCGGCCCGCAGACGGCGGAAGAGGACAAUCGUUUGGCGGAGGAGAUUCGGGCGUUUUAACUGCGUGUGGCUCACUCUAGAGUUUCCUGUUAAGUAUUUGCUGAAGUCGCUUGGUUUAGUUUUUUUUUGUUUUGUUUUGUUGGUUCCAAAAAGUUUAGGCUAUUUUUUGAAAAGAAUAUUUACACAAAAACACAAACUGUGGCAAAAAUGAUAUUUACGUUUUUACGAUAUCAACCAUUACAAAGAGUGAGAUAUGUUUUGAUACGAGGGCGGGGUCCGAGGGGGCGAAUCGCAGCUGUUUUAGGUACUACUCGUUUGUUUCAUGUUAGCUUGUCGUUGGUUUUAUUUUUUGUAAGCGUAAGUGUUACUUUUUUUUUUUUUAUUCAGCAUUAUUCUCCGAAGCGUCCGUCCCAUCUCAGCGGGAAACCAGCGUGCUAACCUUCAUAAACUAACAGCUGCAGCCUUUAACUCCGUUUAUUUUUCCGUACCAACACGCUUCGACUGAAGUAAAAACAAUACAUCAAUUCAUAUCAUGUAAGUAUGUACAAAAAGAAACUGAUUUAAUUUAUUUUGUUUCUCUUUUAGAAGUAUAUGACGAGACGUUCAAGAAUGUUUUGCUCUUGAAUAUUUGCUAAUAUAAAAAAACAAAACAGCGUUGUAUUAUCUGGAGUGAAACACUCACAUCAAGCAUAUUAUGGAAAAUAGAAAUAUAUGAUUAUAGAUUAUAUUAAAAAGAUGAGUCGAGGAUUCGCACCAGGCGGAAGACGUUUGACACGCGAUGCUUUUUUAUCUGCACGUUGGUCUGAAAUGUUUCAGGCAGUUUGUCGGAGUCGAUUCCAGCGUCCACGUGAAGAGUUCUGAUCCAAAACAUCCACUUUUACUAAAGUCUGGAAAGGUUUUCACCUUUCUCCAUUAGGAAAGAUAAGUUGUUAUUUAACAUUAGUCAUUUGUACCCUUAACUUACCAAUCGCUGCCUUCAGUUUCUAAUUGAUGCAGUCAAUAUUUCUGAUGGAUUUAUGUAAAAUUGCAUCAUUUCCCCCUUUUGGUUGUUCAGAAAUUUGACGAAUGACCUCGAUUCUAAAUAAUUUUAAUGUGUUUGCAGUGAAACAAUCGUUCUUCCUGUGUUACAGUUUCUACACUUUUAAGUGACGUUAAAUAUAAUGUGAGUUAUUUGGCUUUUCCUCAUUUCUGCUCAGUUUUUGGUGAAUCACACCGACUUUAAUAUUCCGUAUUUUUUUUGUGGGCUGACGGUCAAACACAAACACAAAACUGAGCUCUGGAUAUGCUUAAUGUGUAGAUUUCCAAUGAGGGACACCUUUUCUAUCAUUGAGUAAACUAACUGACAUAUUUUAUGGCUAUUUCAUAUUAUAUUAAAACUGUACAAUGAACCCAAACAGUGAACUCAGUACCUGCAGGAAGUUUGUGUAAACCAGAUAUUUGGAUGAAUUUUGAGCAGAUUAUUUCCUGUAUACAGAACAUUUUAUAUAAUUCUGUGUCUGUAUUAUGUAUUUUAUCAUUUUUAACAAUCAUACAGACUUAAUAUUCUUCUUUUCUGACAAAUUCAGUGUGUUCUUGUCCCUGACCAUUGUCCUAUUAGACAAUUUACUUCACAUUUCUUCACAGAAGUGAACCAAAUGCUGAGAUAUCAGCCUACUAUGUUAUUUAAGUUUUCUAGCAUAUCUUAAAAUCAAGGCUAGAAAACUAAAUGAGAUCAUUUUUAAAGUUUGGAUUAUUAUUUAAGAUAUUAGGACACGGUAAUGACCUGAACACAAACAGCCUUUUCCUUCAUUAGAGAAGUUAAAACAACCAAAGAGCUCAUAGAACAAUGAGAAGGAAACACUGAAUCCAUCCAAAAAGAAGCCCAAUAAGUAUGUAUCAUCAAAAGAAAAUUAUAAAAAUUCAUAAUACAGACAGAAUUGUAUAAAAAGUUCCCUAAAACUUGUUUGUGACGCAAUAUUUACAAGAAAUAAUCAGCUCAAAAUUCAUUCAUUCAAGUUUGUACUGUUAUUGUUAUAAAUUGAAUAUAGUAUGAAAUAUCCAUAAAAUGUCACUUGGUCAGGGGUUGUCGGUUCACUCAGUGAUAGAAAAAUGUUGGGAACCGCGGCUGUAAGGGAACAUUAAGUCAUCCAGGAGCUGUGCUGACCUCUAGUGGCCACCAGCAGGAAUUAAAACAAACCUAUAAACAACUGCAGUUUGGAUCAGAACUCUUCAUAAAUCACAUUAAUCAGGGAACAAACAGGUUUUCUGACGUUGAAAAUGUAAUAAAUAGGAAUAGUUUUAGUUUCUCUCCCGACUGGAAUAAAACUCCUCAGUUCAAACAGACCAACAGCAGUUACUGGAUUACUUUCUUUGAACACCUCCGGCUGGGAAAAGGUUGAAUCCUCACGGAGACCUCUGAGUGUCUCCCGUACAGGCAGGAGGGCGAGCUGUUACUAUUGUAAAUAUCAGAGUCAGAAGUCCUUCAUAUUUUUACACGGACCGACCAAUCAGGGCUCAAACAGUGAUGUCACGACAGGAAUAAAGACUGAACCAGGAGGCAAAGGAGGCGUUUUAACCAGAGACCCUUUAACUCGUUACAGAGCUGCGGAGAGGUCGAAGGUCGCAGGGAUACGACGUUCAGUCUGUGAUUCGAGGUUGUCGGGGCGAGAAUGUUCGAGUUUCAACACACGAAAAGAGAAAAAAAAAGCACUUUCUUCACCGUUUGUUUCUCUUUCUUUUAUCAGCAAAAAUGUAUGUUUCCCCCCCAGUAUGUUUUUUUUAAAGGUUUUAAAAAAUGUCUUAUUUGAGUUGACAUGAAGUCUUUCAAUUAAAUAAAUAUUUCAAGAAUUUUGACAGUAAAAAAA